GGCUUCGAUUCGAUCUUUACCAAAGCCCUAGAAAUCAGCCAUCUCGGUCAGGACAAGGUUUGCGUCACCGUCACCGUUACCAAGGGCCUUCUCAACAGCUAUGGUAUGCUCCACGGCGGGGCCACCAUGACCAUCAUCGACAUUGUCGGCACGCUUGCGCUCCUCUCUCGCGACGUCAACAAAGCGGGAGUUUCCGUCGAAGUCAAUACCAGCUUUAUUAGCGCCGCUCGCGAAGGCGAGCAGCUCAUUGCCGAAGGCCGUGUAUUGCGCCUAGGCCGCAAACUGGGCUAUACGCAGGUUGAUAUCAUCAAUCCCAAAACUGGCCAACUCGUGGCCACGGGCCGACACACAAAGGCAGUUUAA